UCGUCACGCCCCUACUUAACCCCUCGCCGCACCCGGCCUCACCCACGGCGGUUUCCAAUCGUGUCCAUAGCCUCCCCUGCUCUCCUGCUAUCCACCCCCUCACUCACCGGUUUCACUCGUGACUCGUGAGCUACAACACGAUAUAUUGGACUCCGGAGCGCAGGCAAUGGAGGCCACGGCCGCAGGGGAGGAGAAGCCUCCGCGGCCAACCGGCGAUGGCGCGUCGUCCCAGUCGUCGGUGCCGGUGGCGGAGCAGCCCGCGCCAUUGCCUGCUGGCAUCGACGUGGACCCCAGCUGCGCUGCGGCCGCGGAGGAGGAGGACGAGCAGGUGGAGAGGUUCUACGCGCUGCUCGCCAACAUCCGGGCCUUGAGGGGCAUGUACAGGGCCGGAUCCAGCGCUGGCGCCGGGGCGGACCGUGGCGGGAGCGGAUCGGCCGGCCGGGCAAGGAAGCGCGCGCGCGAGGCGGAGCCGCCGUGGAGGCCGGUGUUCACGAUGGAGGACUUCGAGGAGGUCGUCUCUGAAGCGGGGCGCGCCGGGAAGAAGAAGGAGAGCAGGGACGGCGUCAGGCGGCCUGCGGGGAACGGCACUGGCGCCGUUGCCGAUGACGAGGAAGGUGAGGUCGUGGAAACGCGCGGGUCGCCGCGUCGCAGCGCGUGAGUGACGAGCCUAGCUUGUUGGCAGUACUAUGUGGUCGAAUCCUAUGCAUGGUUUUAAAGUUUCUGCUGUUGGGGAACUUGUAUCACGUGAACUCUUCCCUUUAGCUCCGCCAUAUCAUCCUGUAUCUGAAAUUCAGAGCUGAUCAAAAGCUGGAGCAAGCUCCGGAUCUAAGCAGCUAAAUUAUGACCUCUCCCUUGCAUUC